CACAGUGCCAACUGUCGUAGUGUACUUAGCUAAGCUGCAGCCCAACCUGUCACACGGUAGCUUCAUUGAAAUUAAAUUUGUAAAACGCUGCUACUGACACAAAAUAAUGGCAGACGAGGAGAAGUUACCGCCAGGGUGGGAGAAGAGAAUGAGCCGCAAUUCAGGCAGAGUGUACUACUUUAAUCGCAACACCAAUAACAGCCAGUGGGAACGUCCAGUGGGAGAUGGCCGUGGAGAGCCAGAUAAGGUACGCUGCUCUCACCUCCUGGUGAAACAUAAUCAGUCACGACGUCCAUCUUCUUGGCGGGAACAAAAUAUCACACGGACUAAAGAGGAGGCCCUGGAACUCAUACAGAAAUACAUAGAAGAGAUCAAGUCUGGAGAGGAGAAGUUUGAGUCCCUGGCUUCUCAGUUCAGCGACUGCAGCUCAGCUAAGAACGGUGGAGAUUUGGGAUUAUUUGGCAGAGGUCAAAUGCAGAAGCCUUUUGAAGAUGCUUCCUUUGCUCUCAAAGUGGGAGACAUGAGCGGUCCUGUUUUUACUGACUCUGGAGUCCACAUCAUCCUACGCACUGGUUGAAAGGAAGAAGCCACAUACUGUACUUUCCUCUUAUGUCUUCUCUCUCUCUCACACACACACACACACACACACACACACACACACACACACUCAGUCCAACCCAACCAGACCUGAUUUAUUUUAAUGACACGCACCACCCAAUAAACAAAGCAUAUGGGCCGAGUCGCAUCAUUUUAAGUGGGAUCAUUUUGUUCCAAGCACUAUUUAACGUAUGAAUACUUAAAUCACACUGAACUUUAAGGAGUACCGCAGAUUAUUCCUGUAAGACCUCAAGCUUUUAUUAACCAUGGCAAUGCCAUUAUAUAAAAUCAUGAGUGCCUGUGACUCUGUUGAAGUGAGUGGAAACAGUUUCACACGAUGCGCCAAGUUUGAGAAUGCGUCUGUAAAAGCUUGUGUUUGUAUGUGCAUGUCUUUAAGAGGACCAUUUACUGUAUGUUUCCCUGUAACCUUUUCCAUUUCUACAGUAUGUGUGCCAAAGCAGUUCCCUGAUCUUGUUUUGGAAGAUGGAUUCAUGAGAUGUUUAAAAGACUUAUAGCCAUUGCAGACCACUGCAGUUCAUAAAGGCAUUGCUGUUCUGAGUUCUCUACAUUUAGCUUUGAUUUAAAUUGGUUGUCCUUUGCAGGUAUCCAGUAACAUAGAACCAUUUGUUUUCAUAAUCCACUGUAAAAAAAAGUGCAUGCCCCCCUCCCCCCCAAAGGAUAUGCAAAGAUGGCAUAGUUAACAACCUCCAGGUUUUAACAAUCAGCUCUGCAGCUUUUAAAGGCAUCAAAGUUCAGAUGAACUGUUACACUGUUGUGUGAUUGAUUGGAGUUUUUCUUUCAUCAAUAAAAAAAAACUGUUUUUGUAA